ACAGGCCCGGAAGUUGUUUGGGGUUUCAGGUAAAAGAUCCCGGAGAUGCUGCCUUCGCUGGAGAAAACAAACAGUGCUCCUGUUAUAUAAAUACAGCAACCAGAGUCGAUCGCCAGGCAGCUGGUGUGAGAAUGAAUGCUGACGAUUGCAAUGGCCGUUCUUACAUGUCAGGCAGCGGAGACUCUUCGACAGAACGGGAGUUUUUCGCAGGGCUAAGGGGACCUACAGUGAGCACUCCCAACAGUCAGCACUCCUCUCCCAGUCGCUCCGUCAGUGCAAAUUCCAUCAAAGUGGAGCUCUACAGCGAUGAAGAAGUAGGUAGUGCCCCACUUGCAGAGAGAGGAGGAGGAGGAGUAGGAGAGAGGGAUGAAGGAUGGAAGCAGGAUAAGGGGGACAUUGCAGAGGAGGUUGGCGGAGAGGUUGGAGGAGAUGCGGGUGGAGGGCUCAGUCAAGGAGGGAGCGGUUCACCUGGACCCAUUCGGCUUCCUAAUGGGAAAUUGAAGUGCGAUAUAUGCGGGAUGAUCUGUAUUGGCCCUAAUGUUCUGAUGGUACACAAACGCAGCCAUACAGAUGGGAUUAAUCUCGGUGCCUUUGCUAAAAAAUGGUUGAUAGGUGAGCGGCCAUUCCAGUGUAACCAGUGCGGUGCGUCCUUCACGCAGAAGGGCAACCUGCUGCGCCACAUCAAGCUCCACUCCGGCGAAAAGCCCUUCAAAUGCCCCUUCUGUAACUACGCCUGCCGCCGCCGUGACGCACUCACAGGACACCUCCGCACACACUCCGUUUCCUCUCCAACUGUGGGGAAGCCCUAUAAGUGCAGUUACUGUGGUCGCAGCUACAAGCAGCAGAGCACACUAGAGGAGCAUCGUGAGCGCUGCCACAGCUACCUUCAGAGUCUGGACCACCAGCCUGCCCACAGCACGCAGUCUGCACAGGGUGAGGAAUGUCGUAAUAUGGAUGUGAUGGCUGACCCUCUGAUUCAACCCUUGUCAGAAAAGAUGACCUUCAUCGAACGGGUGGCUAACAGCAUCACUAAAAGGAAGCGCUCCACACCUCAAAAGUUUCUGGGAGAAAAGCACAUGCGCUUGAACAUGUCCGAUGCACCUUAUGAGAUCAACUCCAGCCCAGAGAAAGAGCGGGAUGCGAUGGGUUCUCAUGCUGGAAGUGACCCUGCUGCUUUAGCUGUUAUGGGAAGCCACUACCUCCGUACUCCCCGGGGAGGAAGCGAAGACAUUGAGUCUCCUCGCUCCCUGCGCCUUCCUCCUACUCACCCGGCUUGUGUGUCCGAGUAUACCCCUGUCAUCAGCUCCGUCUAUGGCCACAUCACACCUCUUGGCCAGCGGCUGAACUGUGCAGGGGGUAUCAACAUGGUACUGCCUGGCCGAGAGGCAGGGGAGGGCCAUGAAGAUGUGCCCUCAGGGCGCAGCCAUGCUGCCUCACCCAGCAAUGGCUGCCAGGACUCCACAGAUAACGAGAGCACGACAGAAGAGCAAGGCAUCGGCCCUGGCGCUGCCAACCACCGAGGACGCGAGCGCCACAGUCCUAGUCACGCCAAAGAAACAGAAGUGGAAGGGGAGCGAGACAGAGUGGGCUUACCGGCUAAGGGGGGCCCUCGUUCUCCGCCCUCGUCCAGUUUGGCCGUGCAGGUGGUGGACGGCGAGGGGCGGCCGGUGCGCUCGUUCCGUUGUGAGCACUGUCGCAUCUUCUUCCUGGACCACGUCAUGUUCACCAUCCACAUGGGCUGCCAUGGCUUCCGCCAGCCUUUCGAAUGCAACAUCUGCGGCCACCGCAGCCAGGACCGCUACGAGUUCUCCUCGCACAUCGUCCGAGGAGAGCACCAAGUGGGCUGAACCACUUGGGAGUAGGGGUGGGAGGGUUGGCACGCAGGCAGGACGGGUAUUUCAAAGUGGGAAAGAAGGAGGUAAGGAGGGACAGACGCUGCUUUCAGAUGAUACGGAGUCCAGUUUGGUCUGCACCAGAUGAGGGGGGACAUACUGAGCACUUGCUUUUAGUAUUAGUGAACAGCAGGCUUUCAAUUUCGAAGGCUAACUGGCAUAGGUGCACAGGGAGUAUUGCCUGUGCUUAAUAGAAAUCAAAUUUAAAGGAGUUUGAUUAGAACCGUGGGACUGAAUCCCACUCUGAUUCAACUCCCAAAUCAAUUCAUUUGGCAAGACGCAGCUGUUUUGCUUUAGAAGUGCCUUUCUUCAGUGGGGUUUACCUUUUCUGGGUUAGAUAGAGAAACUUGGUGCUCGAGCAUGCUGCAGCAGGAGGCAGGGGUCAGCGAAAUCUUGCUAGCAGCAUUUCCGUACUGCAUUUUAGAGGUUGUGAUGAGUGUAUGAGUUUGUGUGAGUGACCUGAGAGAGUGAAAUGAGAUCCACAGCUGUAGUAUAGUCUAAAGUGUACAGACUUUGUGUUUGGACUCCUUUUAUGGUCAUUUUAAGGGUCUGUGGAAUUUAGAGGACUCAGGGAGGACACAGGGGACUAAAGAAAAGAACUAUGAAGUAGCAGCACCAGCUGCAGGCCUCUAUAAGACUAGAGAGAGAGAGAGAGGAGAUCUGUGUGUUAGCCAUAUAAACGGAGCACACACACACAUUGCCUUAAGUAGUUGCUUUAUAUUAACCCUGCGUUAUUUAGUAGAAUUGAGUAUGCUGUUUAAUGUUGUGGUUUCAGAAGGCACCACAAAUCAUGUCUUUAAACCUGAGACGGCACAGCUCUCAUUAGGUGGUUUUAAAAAUUAGGCCAGGUCUUAGACAGUAUCUAUAUCUAAAAUUGUUCAUGCUAAAUGUCUUAUUAGUAGAAAUUAACUUGAAGAAAAAUUUUGCCUUAGUUUUGGAGCGUUCCGCAGUGGAUAACCUUGGUCCUGCUCAAUUCCUGGACUUGCUGGUUUCCUUUGUGCCUCAGAACUCGAUUGUUGUUUUUAUCUAGAAGACCUCACCUCAGUGGCGAUGAUACAGUUCAUUGCAAUUGCUCUUCAGGACUAUAGAGGAGCGUUUUGCAUCAUUCUUGCAGUACGAAGUCCCCCUUAUAUCCAGCCUGUGUGACAAACCUGUUGAUGAAACGAUUGCCUAGCUUUAGUUAAUAAGGUACGUUUGUUAGUGUUUUUCACACACACACACACACACACACACAAAAAUGGGCUAAAUGCUGCACACUAGGCGAUUGCAAACGGGUGAAACAAACCACAGCGCAGUAAAUGGAGCCUUAACCUGCUGGUGCAGAUCAAACAAAGACCCAUAUUGCAUUCUGUGACUCUGAUGAACGAUAAGGAGGGGUUGGUACCUUGGAGGAAGUUUGCACUUUUCUAACUCUCUGCUUAAAUGUGAGUGUUUUCGCUGGGGCUGUCGGGUUGGGCAGGCAGAUGGGGUAAGGGUGGGGUGGGUUCAGGUUUGGUGGGGCUCUUCUUAAAGGCUUUAGGAGAUCCUGCUGUACUCAAUGGUGACUGAGCUUUGGAACAUAUUCUUUUGCUUUCUGAAAUUGCUCGAUUGCACUGACUUCUGAUAAAAAAUGCUAUUUAGGGAAAAUAAGUACAAAUUUGAUACUAUGUAGGUUAUAAAGACAAACAGUGUGUUGUUUUUAAAGUUCUAUAAAUACUAUUUUCCUAACGAAAGGAAUCGUCACAAAGGGUUUCAGAGCAGAAAAAUUCUCCUUGUGUUGUAAAAUCGGUGCUUGGUUGUUUGUGUGGCUUCUGCCCUUAAUAUUGGCCUUGUAUCCUGUACGCUUGUCCUGUGUGAACAUGUCGCAUAUGAAUUAAACAUUAUCAAGGUACACUUCAUUCCCAAAGGCGACAGACUGCUGCGGGACAGGAGUAAAACUACGAUUGCAGAAUUUUGUACCGUCCUGCCAAGAUAUUGUGGCCUGUUUUAGUCCUUUCUUGCACAAAGUGAGAUAAAGCACCAAUGAACAAAUUUUGAGAAUAUCAAAGAGUUUAUCGUUUCGAGGUUCGUUCCUGUACCGCCUUUUCAAUCGUGGACAGUGCUUAAGGAUACUUGGAUGUUGUAGCAUGUUUGUCACUCGGCGUUCGUGAAGAUGGUCGGCUAUUUCCCAAACCUGCUUAUGUGUGAUCCCCUGAUCUAGUGUUAGACUUUCUGCUAGCUAAAAUGCAUCCGGAGACCUCUUAAUCUUAAUGUGUGUUUGGAUCCAUGCCAGUGAAAGCCUCCAGAGUGAACGAGUUUCUGAAGUAGACUCUAAACGAGACCAAAACCAGUAUUUCCUCUACAACGUUAAGUCGAUAGCUUUGCACCCUUCAUAGCUGAAGAGAAUUCAUCCUCCUCCUCCUCCUACCAAACGUAAAAAUGUACUUGAAGAUAUUUAAGAAACAAAACUUCAAAUAUAUGAUACUUAACAAUGCACUUAAUGGUUAAUGAAAUGAAUUUAUGUAAAUAGGUACAUGGUAUGUAUGAGUGAGAAGGUAGCAUGUGUGCUUAUUUUGUUUUGCUGGAAAUCUGGAACUGUUCAGCUUGUAUAUCGGCUGCGGAUUUUCCCCCUCCGUUCCUCCACCAACAGCCUCUCUGUUUGUUUUUUCUCCCCUCGAAAGUUUCUUUCCCUGACCCUUAAGUGUGAUGAACUUAAAUGAAUAUUUUUAAAUGAACUGUGAAGCAACCAUCACAAGCAAGUGCGAGAGUGUGAGCAUUUUCGUGAGGCAGGGAUUACACUCCCUUUCAUACUUACAGGCUUUCUCCUGGGCUCAAUGUUUUUAAAGGCUUUGUGAAAAAAAAAAUGUAUAUGACAAAGAAAAAACUCUUUACCUCAAAUUUGUUAAAAUAAAAAAACUGCCUCAUGUUCUUUAAAAAGGUGUGUUGGUUUCAAGAAAAGGUGUUGUUUGGUUUUGUUUUUGAAGGAGUGACCCAGCAUUCAGUUGAAGUAAUUUUUCAUGUCCAAUAAAGUAAUGUUUGUCGUAUCUCCUGUCCACUUAAACAUCUCCGCUAUUGUUUUCCACUUUUGUGCUGUUGUGAACUUUGAACUCCGUGAGAUAUGCGGGAAAGUGUGAAGUCGCCGAAUAUCGUCAUUUGCGAAACUGGAAAUUACGUUUCGCUGUCUCUCUAAAUCGCAGAUGGACAGAUAAAACGAGGUUCUCCCAGCCAGGCGUGGACAUGUGAUUCGAUCUUAUUUUUUUCCCUUUGAUUCUAUAUUCAAGAUGGAAAAAGAAAAGCUCAUAAUGCUAAAAAUUGCAUUAAUAUCCCAGUGUUAAAGGGUAAAAGUUCUUCCUCCAGGAAAUUUGAUUACUGCCAAUUAAAAAAAGAAAGCGAAUUUAAUGGAAAUGAGGUUCAGCAGAUUUUUUAAAGAAGCCAAUGGUCACGAGUUAAACGACGUGAUCUAGUUUAUAUCAUGAUUUUAGCUUUAGACAAAAAAAAAAAAAGUCUCACUCGGCUCCCAGUGCCGGUAAGCAGGACAACCGUCACGGUAAUACAGUCAUCAACUUUUUGCUGAUUAAACCUUAGUCACCUCUAAACCUGAUGGAAUCGGACAAGGAUCCAGACAAUCAUGCAGUCAUAUCCAAAAGAAAACAUCCCUUACAGUCAGUCAGCGUUAUUCAAUUACUAUGUAAUGCUUUAUUACAUAGUAAUUACAUAUCCAGGAUAUUUGGAUUUUACCUCCAUUUAUGGGCAUGGAGUGUAUGAAUCAUUCUGAAUAUCAAGAGGAGCCUCCUAGUUUUUUUAUGGCACCUUGUGCAUCUUUGGAGUCAGUGAUCAUUUCUUGGAGCUUAAAAGAUUUAAAGUAGAGGAUUUGGCUAUAGCAUAGUCGUCUUUUUUCGUCUUUUCCCUUCAGGGGUGGCCACAGCGAAUCAUGUCUCUGUCUCACCUAUCCCUAUCUUCUGUAUCCUCAACACUUGCACCCACUAGCUUUAUAUCCUCAUUUAUUACAUCCAUAUACCUCCUCUUUGGCCUUCCUCUUUUCCUCCUGCCUGGCAGCUCCAUGUCCAACAUUCUCCUACCAAUAUACUCGGUCUCCCUCCUCUGGACAUGUCCAAACCAUCUUAAUCUGUCCUCCCUAACUUUGUCUCCCAAACGUCGAACAUGAGCUGUCCCUCUGAUGUACUCGUUCCUAAUCCUGUCCAACCUUGUCACUCCCAAAGAGAACCUCAACAUCUUCAGCUCUGCAACCUCCAGCUCUGACUCCUGUCUCUUCCUUAGUGAUACUGCCUCUAAACCAUACAGCAUGGCCGGUCUCACCACUGUCUUGUACACCUUCCCCUUGAUUCUCGCCGAUAUUUUUCUAGCACACAGAACUCCCGACACCUUUCUAACCUGUACAAGUCUUCUCUCCUUCUCUAGUGUCUAGCCUAGUGCACAACUCAUCGUACGCCUUCUGCUUGGCCUUAGACACCUCCCUCUUCACUCUGCGCUGUAAUUCCUUGUAUUCCUGUCUAUUCUUUUCAGUCCUUUCCAUGUACCACAUCUUCUUGGCUAACCUCUUCCUCUGAAUACUAUCCUGAACUUCCUCAAUCCACCACCAAGUCUCAUCUUCAUUCCUCCUUCCAGAAGACACACCCAGCACCUUCCUUCCAGUCUCCCUGAUCACUUCUGCUGUGGUUUCCCAGUCAUCUGGCAGCACUACCUGACCACAAUUCCUCACAACAUUCCUCCUCUUUCAGCUUCCACCACUAUCUCCAUCUUUCACCUCUUCUUCUUACAGACCAUCAAAGUCAUCCUACACACCACCAUCCUAUGCUGUCUGGCUACACUCUCUCCCACUACCACUUUACAGUCACUAAUCUCUUUCAGAUUGCCUCUUCUACAUAGGAUGUAGUCUACCUGUGUGCUCCUACCUCCACUUAGCUAUAACAUAGUAAUUAAUGCUAUUUAAAACAACAACAUACCAGGACAAACUGCCCAGAAAGUGAUGACUUCAUGACGAACAGAUACAAAGCUUAACACUUAUUGAAGGUCAUUU